CUAGAUUGGUUUCGUCGGUCAAGGCGUCUCUUGUGCGACACACGCACACCGGCGUCACCAUCAGCUGCGUCUUCCUCCCCUGGCUUUGGUGAGUAGGUUCGCUGUACCUUGCCGAGCGCCUCCUCUUCUUCCUGCUCGUCGUCAUUCCCCCGGAAGGGCGUGCUGCUGAUACAGAAUUCCAGAAGACUGAGAAGGUCAGGAGAGGGUGCUGUGGAUAUGGCCGCUGGAGCUGUUCCUUCUUCGAUUCCUGGUCUGCGGACCAGGGACUACGGCUUGAGCUUUGCAAAGAGCGUAGAUUUCGCCAGGGUUUCUUGCGCUCCUGAGCAACCGAGGAUGAAGCUCCGGAGAAGACACGCGGCUGUGAUUAGGAGUUCUUCCAAUUCUGGGUCGGAGAUUGUGGAACUUGAGUCCGCCUCAGAAGGAAGUCCCCUCUUAGUUCCUCGACAGAAGUACUGUGAAUCGCUACACAAGACUGUCAGGAGAAAGACACGUACUGUGAUGGUAGGAAAUGUGGCACUUGGCAGCGAGCAUCCUAUACGAAUUCAGACUAUGACGACUUCCGAUACCAAGGAUGUGGCUAAGACUGUUGAAGAGGUAAUAAGAAUUGCAGAUAAAGGAGCAGAUUUGGUUCGGAUAACAGUCCAAGGGAAGAAAGAAGCGGAUGCUUGUUUUGAAAUCAAGAACAAACUUGUCCAGAAAAAUUACAAUAUCCCUCUUGUGGCCGACAUCCAUUUUGCACCUGCAGUUGCACUCAGGGUGGCUGAAUGUUUUGAUAAGAUUCGAGUCAAUCCAGGAAAUUUUGCUGAUAGGCGAGCCCAAUUUGAGACGAUAGAGUUUACUGAUGAAGACUAUCAAAAAGAGCUUGAGCAUAUUGAAAAGGUCUUCUCUCCAUUGGUUGAGAAAUGCAAGAAGUAUGGACGAGCAAUGCGAAUUGGGACAAAUCAUGGAAGUCUUUCUGAUCGCAUAAUGAGCUACUAUGGAGAUUCUCCAAGAGGAAUGGUUGAAUCUGCCUUUGAAUUUGCCAGGAUAUGCCGGAAGCUAGACUUCCAUAACUUUGUCUUCUCAAUGAAAGCAAGUAACCCAGUUGUCAUGGUUCAAGCCUAUCGUUUGCUUGUUGCAGAAAUGUAUGUUCAGGGUUGGGAUUAUCCUCUGCACUUAGGGGUUACUGAAGCUGGAGAGGGAGAAGAUGGACGGAUGAAAUCUGCAAUUGGAAUAGGAACUCUUCUUCAGGAUGGUUUAGGUGAUACAAUCAGGGUAUCCCUGACCGAACCACCAGAGGAAGAAAUUGAUCCUUGCAGACGAUUGGCUAACCUCGGUAUGCAAGCUGCAAAUCUUCAGAAGGGAACUGUACCUUUUGAAGAGAAACAUAGACGAUACUUUGACUUCCAGCGUAGAAGUGGUCAACUUCCAGUGCAAAAGGAGGGUGAGGAAGUGGACUACCGUGGUGUGCUUCAUCGUGAUGGUUCUGUUCUUAUGUCAGUUUCCUUGGAUAUGUUGAAGACACCAGAACUUCUUUACAAGUCUCUUGCAGCAAAACUUGCGGUUGGCAUGCCUUUCAAGGAUCUGGCAACAGUGGACUCUAUUCUUUUGAGAGAACUUCCUCCAUUGGAAGAUGCUGAUGCUAGGUUAGCUCUCAAAAGGUUGAUCGAUAUAAGUAUGGGUGUUGUAACUCCACUGUCUGAACAGCUGACAAAACCACUUCCUAAUACAAUUGUCCUUGUCAACCUCAAGCAACUCUCAACUGGUGCUUACAAGCUUUUGCCAGAAGGCACUCGAUUAGCUGUAACUGUCAGAGGAGAUGAACCUUAUGAAGAACUAGAUAUUCUUAAAAUUGUUGGUGAUAUAACAAUGUUGCUACAUGAUCUUCCAUACAGUGAAGAUAAACUCAGCAGAGUUCAUGCAGCAAGGAGGUUGUUCGAGUAUCUAGAAGGAAAUUCCCUGAACUUUCCUGUAAUCCACUAUUUACAAUUUCCUGAACAGAUCCACAGAGAUGAUCUGGUCAUUAUGGCUGGGAGCAGUGUCGGUGCUCUUUUGGUUGAUGGGCUUGGGGAUGGUGUGCUGCUUGAGGCUUCUGACCAGGAGUAUGAGUUUUUGAGAAACACAUCUUUUAACUUGCUUCAAGGUUGCAGAAUGCGCAACACAAAAACUGAAUAUGUGUCUUGCCCAUCUUGUGGGCGGACACUUUUUGACCUUCAAGAAAUAAGUGCCCAGAUCAGGGAAAAGACAUCUCAUUUGCCCGGUGUCUCAAUUGCAAUAAUGGGUUGUAUUGUGAAUGGGCCAGGAGAGAUGGCUGAUGCAGAUUUUGGUUAUGUUGGUGGUUCGCCAGGAAAGAUUGACCUCUAUGUAGGGAAGACCGUGGUGAAGCGAGGCAUAGCAAUGGAACAUGCAACCGAAGCUCUAAUUCAGCUCAUAAAGGACCAUGGCCGCUGGGUCGAUCCACCUGCUGAAGACUAGAUCUGGUACUUCUCCGUAAAGAGAAAUUGAAUCUUCAUGGGUUUGAUGUGAUGCAACAUGAUGUAUUUGCUGCUGGGAUUAAUUUCCCAUGCAUACAUUAUUUACAAUUAUGAGUUAACGAGAAAGGUUAUACAUGCUCAGUGACAAUCGGAGGUGUAAAAGGUUUCAUCUUAACGUAUUGGUGUUACCAUGAUUCA